GCGCCAGCGAGCGCUGAAGAUCAGUUGAAUUUUGCGCGCAGCCCAGGGCGGAUGUGUUAGCGGCGAGAAACCGAAAAAGUCACCACGAUAGAAUAAGAAUCGCAGUUGGAGUCUAGUGCUAUCCAGAUAGUCGCGAAGAAAGUUAUUCGAAAAGUGAAAGAGUUCAGUUUUGGGUUUUGGUUUUAAGUUUUGGUUUCGAACGCGGAAGCGAGCGGGAAAAUGGAAGUGCCAGCGGGCAAUUAGUGCAGCCAGACAUAAAGACACACUCACAGCUCGAAAAUACAGCAAAACAAAAGGAUUGCGACUGUGAAUUAUAAAGUAUAAAUUAUAAGCAACGACAACACAUCCACAGCGGAAUACGCAGCGACGACAGCGACAACAAACAACAGAAAGAAACUGAUAUAAAGUUCAAAGUGCCAGCGGCAAGUGGAACCACAUGACAAGUAGACGAGCCUCGGGAGCAACCCACUGCAAAACCACCAACAACAGCAAUAUCAGCAACAACAGCAACAACAGCAACAAAAUGACAAACUGCCAAAGUUCAGUGUUCAUAGUCGUAGGCACCCUGUUCUCCAUCCUGGCAGCGGCUCAAUCGGCACCCGUUUCCACCACCACACAGGCGGAGAUCUACCUGUCCCAGUUCGGCUAUCUACCCGCCUCUGCCCGCAAUCCCGCCAGCAGUGGACUGCACGACCAGCGGACCUGGGUGAGUGCCAUCGAGGAGUUCCAGAGCUUCGCGGGACUGAACAUCACUGGCGAGCUGGAUGCGGAGACCAUGAAGCUGAUGUCCCUGCCUCGCUGCGGAGUUCGGGAUCGCGUCGGCACCGGCGACAGCCGCUCCAAGCGGUACGCCCUGCAGGGCAGUCGCUGGCGUGUGAAGAACCUCACCUACAAGAUCUCCAAGUACCCCAAGCGGCUGAAGCGAGUCGAUGUGGACGCGGAGAUCGGCCGCGCAUUCGCCGUGUGGUCCGAGGACACCGACCUGACCUUCACCAGGAAGACCUCCGGCCCCGUGCACAUCGAGAUCAAGUUCGUGGAGAGUGAGCAUGGAGACGGCGAUGCCUUUGACGGUCAGGGUGGCACCCUGGCGCACGCCUUCUUCCCUGUCUUUGGCGGAGAUGCUCACUUUGACGACGCGGAACUGUGGACCAUUGGCACGCCUCGAGGCACCAAUCUGUUCCAGGUGGCCGCCCACGAGUUCGGUCAUUCCUUGGGACUGUCCCACUCCGAUCAAAGCUCCGCUCUGAUGGCGCCCUUUUAUCGCGGCUUCGAACCCGUCUUCAAGUUGGACGAGGACGACAAGGCGGCCAUCCAGUCACUGUACGGGCGCAAAACAAAUCAGCUGAGGCCCACCAACGUGUACCCGGCCACCACCCAGCGGCCAUACUCUCCUCCAAAGGUGCCACUGGACGACUCCAUCUGCAAGGACUCCAAGGUAGACACGCUUUUCAACUCGGCGCAGGGCGAGACCUACGCUUUCAAGGGCGACAAGUACUACAAGCUGACCACGGACUCCGUGGAGGAGGGCUACCCGCAGCUCAUCUCCAAGGGCUGGCCGGGAUUGCCGGGCAACAUCGAUGCGGCGUUCACCUACAAGAACGGCAAGACGUACUUCUUCAAGGGCACUCAGUACUGGCGCUACCAAGGCCGCCAGAUGGACGGCGUCUACCCUAAGGAAAUCAGCGAGGGCUUCACGGGCAUUCCCGACCAUCUGGACGCCGCGAUGGUUUGGGGGGGCAACGGCAAGAUUUACUUCUUCAAGGGCAGCAAGUUCUGGCGCUUCGAUCCGGCCAAGAGGCCGCCGGUCAAGGCCAGCUAUCCCAAGCCCAUCUCCAACUGGGAGGGUGUUCCCAACAACCUGGACGCAGCGCUGAAGUACACCAAUGGCUACACGUACUUCUUCAAGGGCGACAAGUACUACAGAUUCCACGACGCCCGAUUUGCUGUUGACUCGGCCACGCCCCCCUUCCCCAGACCCACCGCCCACUGGUGGUUCGGCUGCAAGAACACGCCCUCGUCCACAGGUAAUUUCGUCGACGGUUCGGACAACGAGUUCGAACAGCACUCCAUGAUCCCGCAUGCCGACGAUGGCAACGGUGACGACUUCGACGCAGCCGUGGGCGAUCACCAGUCCAAUGACGAGCCGAUAGUUCCGGAAGUGGCCGAGCGAACCGGAAACGGAGCCAUGUCCCAGUCCAAGCUCACCAGCAGCUCCGCCGUGAGCACCGUGAUCACCACCAUCCUGAUGUACCUCGUCUCCAAGCUCAUCGUUAGCUAAAAGAGCUAAGAGAUACCAGCGACCUGCGGGCAGUGCAUUUGUGAACCUUAGGAUCAACGCUAGCCACUCGAGUAAAGUUUCCGAAAUUUUACUGCACGUUGGACACCGGAGUGCUUGAAAUUCAAAUGUUACGCACAUCAUAUCGAAUACGAUGAGAGGAAAUCCAAAAAAGAAUAAUGAAAACACACAAAUUGAAAUCGAACAGAAUAUCAAUUGUAAAUUGAGCGAUCAGCAUGUGACACAGGUGCCUUAUCAAAUACUUUUGUUGUUGUGUAAAUAAAAUCAGCCUUAAAUAUAAUGAAAUAGUUUAUAACAUUCCGCAUUCAAGCCACAAAACGAUCAGAAGUCAUAUCAAACCAGAAGUUCUCUACGUAGUAAGCUGUUUUGGUAAUGACAAAUUGCGAUAUUAAAUUUAACGAGCCAUAUGCAAGGAA